GGUGUUUAUAUAAUCCGGUCUCCGCGCUGUUGUUUUGCUGUCUUCGUGAUUUGACAGUUACUCUGUUUUUAGCCUCUUUUAGGCCGUUUUUAGCUUGUUUUUAGCCUGUUUUUGGCAGUUUUUUAAUCCGAUCAGACAGCAGCAUGUUCUGGAAGGUGGUCGCCCCGCUGCUGGCCCUCUGCCUGGCCGUGGCGAGCGCCGGGCUGGUCGGAGGUCCGGUGCCGGCGGAUCUGAACGAGGAGGGAGUCCAGAACGCGCUUCAGUUCGCGGUGGUUCAGCACAACAAGGCCAGCAACGACAUGUACAUCAGAGAGGUCUCUAAAGUCAUCAGCGUCCAGAAACAGGUUGUGUCUGGACUGAAGUACAUCUUCACAGUUGAGAUGGCCAGAACUGGCUGCAGAAAGGGUGGGGUGGAGGAGGUGUGUGCCAUCGAAUUGGACCCAAACACAGCACAGCCCCAGACCUGCAAGUUUUCCGUCUGGAGCCAGCCAUGGCUGAACAGCAUCAAGCUGGUGGAGAAUACCUGCCAGUAAAGAACAGGGCAGGGAAUUCCUCUCUGCUGCAAUAAGUUCUGACCUUAUAUGAAUGUGAUGUAUUUCUACAGUAUCAGCAGUUUAAUCUUAAACUUGGUUCAGAUUGCUAACUAAAAUGAUAUAUCCUGUAAACAACCUAACAUAUUUGACUGCUUUUUUGUAUAAUUAAAACCACAGUAUUGGAAAUAGUAGUUGGUAAUUAAAUUUACUAUUAAAAGACUGCUAAAAAGA